AUGACUGCAGCCCAGGAACCCGAGGACGUCACAAUGGCCGACGCUGCUGCCGCCACGCCGCCCAGCGUCGGCAAGUCGUCAUCGUCAAAGAACCUAGAGCUCUUCAGCUGCACCAUCAGCAAGCCGGCGUUUGCCUACGCCCAGCUCGAGCUCGCCAGCAGCGAUCCGGGCUCAGCAGCGAUAGAAGAUGUGGACGCCCUGCAGUUCCGGUCGCACUGCACCUCGGCGCUGAACCGAUUCCUCGGCGCCACGGGGACGGCCAUCCCGCUGGACAUUCUCAAGGUGCACGGGGCUGAGUGCUGGAUCCGGGUGCCCCGUGAAGAUCUGGGAGCUUUUGCGGCUGCCAUCACCGCUUGGCCCGGGGUCAAGCAAGGCAGCAACGGGGCCUCAUCCGUUCUGCGACUACGCGCCUCCGGGAACUGGCUCGGAAGCCUCCUCGGCCGCAGCGAACAGCACAAACUUUGGGAUUCAUGA